GUCUCGAGUUUGCCUCCCGGCUUGGUCUCGUCUCUGCUCGCGCCCGUUUCUCGUGCACGCGGUCUUCAUCCGUCUGUUUCGCUCGAGCGUAUCGCAUGAGUUUCGCAGAGGCUGCGUCGUUCGACAAGCGACGCGUUAAACGGAGUGAUUGAGCGGAUUCGAUUCGCGGGGAGAUGCGGCAGGUAACAAUGAUAUCUCAACUGUGUGAUUCGCUUGCGGUUCAUGCUGCACUUCGAAACUUUUCGCACUCGACGAAAUUAUAAAACGCGGGACGUAUCAAACUCGUUUUUGUGGUGUACUAUUUCGUCGGAGAGGGAACAAUACGAACUAUUAUUAUUGUAUGGACAAUUUUAUCUUCUUUUAUAUGCAGAUUUACUGUUGUGCUUAUUUAUUGUUAUAAACUUUACAGACUUGAUAUUGUGUGAAAAUUGUGUCGCUAUCGAAAACGAAUGUUUCACUUAUUUUGGACAGUUUUGAGAGCAUGGAACAAAGACGGUCGUUCGAUCGUCAAGUGUCAGUGAAAUAAGAUUUCGGAUAUUCCGACGAUAUCGAUCACGAAGGGAUUACUGGACUUUUUGUUAAUGUGAGAUCCGUCGCCGGUGCAGUUGUGGAGAAUUGUGGAGAAUCUAGUGAUUGGCUGGAGUUGCAGCAGCAACAGCAGCAAAGUGUAGAUGCAGCGGCGACUGCCGACGCCUUUAUGAAUUACAUAUCCGUGGACAGAUCCAGGAUGGUUUCGCACAUCAUUCCUGUCUCCGGGGAACUACAGCAAGGGAAUGGCAAUCUGAGCGCCACAGGUCUCGGUAUGCAGGACUCUUCUCAUUCCCUAAAGAUCAAACAAGAGCCGUUUCAGCUGUCGCCGCCGUCACCGCUACCGUCUCUUCAUCAAGUAACCAACUUCGUGUCUGAGCUGCCGAGCGGCUGCAUCGGCGGCACAUCAAAGGAUCUCGAUGCUUCGACGGUGACCGGCAGCCUGGGUCGCGGUCUGACCCCAUCGCACCAUGUUCCCCGGUCGCACCAACAACGUUAUCAUCCCUAUAGUCUGCACAGUCCGAGCUCCGUGGUCACCAUACACUCCACCAGCACAGCUAGCGUUGGUGGUGCGACGCACCUUCACCUGAACGACAAGGGCUCGUCGCCGGCAGGCGUCCUUCACAGUACCACCAAUAGCAAUCCCCCCACACCGUCUGCACCCUCCACGCCCACCGUCACCGUCACUACAGACAGCACCGCGGUCACCGUUGCUUCCGGUAAUGCUACCAAUGCUACCAGCGGAAACAGUGGCAGCGACGGUGGCACUGUCGCCGCGAACAGCAAGCCGCCCUUCAGUUACGUCGCCCUGAUCGCUAUGGCGAUCCAGCAUAGCGCGCAGAAGAGGGCCACCCUGAGCGAGAUCUACUCUUACAUCACCGCCAAGUUCCCAUACUUUGAGAAAAACAAGAAGGGGUGGCAGAACUCCAUUAGACAUAAUCUCUCCCUCAACGAGUGCUUCGUCAAGGUACCACGGGAGGGUGGCGGCGAAAGGAAGGGUAACUUUUGGACGCUCGAUCCAGAGUACGAUAAUAUGUUUGAGAACGGCAAUUAUCGGAGACGAAGACGGAUGAAGCGCUACAGGAACGCUCCGUACCACCACAAACCACUCUUCGGCGAUCCGUUCUCAACGACUCACAUGCAUUUGGGAGCUAGAAACAUCUUUGGCCACUCACCACCCUCUUACGCGCCUACUGCUUACACGCGAUAUGAUACGAGCGCAUGGAGUCUCCAACAAUCGCAGCUGUCGUACAGCCAUUGUCAGUCGCUGCAGCCACAGUUGCAGCCGAUGCAGUCGAUGCAAAUACCGGCGAUGAACGGUUACAGCCAAUUGGGCAGCUCGUUAAGUGAGUCUCUGUUCUCGUACUAUCUGCCCUCUUUUGCCGAGCGGGAUGAUGCUGAACGGCCAGACAAAGCGUUUCAAGGCAAUUACCUGGAUGUUCCAGGUGGAACGGCUGGAUCGCCUGGCUCCAUGGGCGGCGGCUCCUUCGGCAGCAGUUUUGCCACGUGCGGUAGGAGGCACGACUCCGCGAUGCCCACGGACACGAUGCCCGGGAGAUGCUACUGGCCCGAGAUGGUGAACGUGAAGGAGGAGCCAGUGAGCAAUACCGUGUCGACCAGUGGCGUCGGUGGCGUCGGCAUGCCGUCCGGCAUGAUGGGCUCCGCGGCGUCGUCGGGCGUCUCUACGACGGGAUUUGCGCCUAUGGAGUUUCAGACACGUUCCAAAUGCUUCAUGUGAACGCGGAAACUGAAGAAGGAGGAAGAAGAGGAAUGGCAGUGCGAGCAACGGGCUGCCGUCACGAAGAUUCGAGGGGAGAACGAAGCAGCAGCGAUUGCGGAUGACGGAUCUCGCGAUUCUACAGACGGUGAGCGAAUCGCGAACUUAAUGUGCUCCACGAUUUCAAUUAACUUUGACGAAUAUCGCUGAAUAACAUUUCGAUGAUUGUUCUCAAUAAUAUUCUUGAGAUGCUCGCGACAUUAAUGGCGGCAGGAGGAAACAGCGAGUUUUUGUGAGACUCGCGUAACUGUUGUGUUAAUUUCAUGUCGAAGAAAUAACACACGUGUCGUGUCGUAUCUUCCUGUUAUCAUACGUAAGCGACGGGCGCAAUGUGUGUCGCGUAUAUCGCGCAACGAUUGAAUCUUUCUGCAUUUGUUACGAUUCUACUUCGGUCGGCUAAUAAUAGGCGAAAAGAGAACAAGGCGAUCGCCUUCGAAAUGAUCCUUUUUGAUGAUUUUGAUGAUGAUUGAUGGUUUGAAAAUACUAUCUUCGUACAUCAUUCUCGACUGUUAGACAGUAUUUAAUAUCCUGGGAAGUAAAACAACAAAAAGUAACGGGCGGAGGAAUUCAUUCGAUGCGGAUACAAGAGAUAUCGCUUCGAUCGGAAGAAAAUUUAUCGGAACUCUCUUGAUUAAGAUACGAAAAUUAAUCGUGGGAAGGGAAGAAUUUCAUGUGUUGAAUGACUUCUUACGCUUUGGACUUGAAAAUAAUCAUGAUGUCUUCUUUCCCCCUAAUUGCGAUUUUUGCGAAACAAAUGUUUUGCAUACGCGAAAAAUACAUUUAAAUAAUACAGUCGUAUGAGAAAAGAUACAGAGUAGAAAGAAAAGUCGUCUUGUUGCAAAAACUUUUUUUUAUAUGUAUAUAUAUGUAUAAAGUUUUAUAAUAUAUAUAAUAUAUAUUUAUAAACUUUAUGUAUAUAUAUAAAGUUGCAUGAAUAUAGAGACAAUGAAUAUAGAGCUAUAUCUUUAAUCGUACAAUUAUGUUUUAUGUGUGGAUUGUAGAGACUAGAGCGAAAUUGUUCCCGCGACGUUCGUGAUGUAAAUACACAUGAUUAACGUAGAUGUAAUGACAUUACGAGAAUCACUCGUACUGUUAGUUAAUUAGUUUUAUGUAUAAACCACUAAACUUAGUUUUUGCCGAAUGUAAUGUGGAGAUAUUUACACACGAAGAUCGUGUGUAAUUAUCGUGGCAGCUGUAUACAGUGGUAUUCAACGCAAAUACACGUGUAAAGAAAAACAGUGUAACAAUGCUGUAAGACAUGAUAAGAAAUAAAUCUCAAUUAUUUAUCAUCGACA